AUGAAUUCUGUUGACUGUAACACCAAGUACAGUCUCAAAACACUGAACGUAGAUUCGAUGGCCGGAUAUGAAAAUUGAGUGUAUAUCUGUCGAUGGCAUAGUUUAUUUUGAUCACAAUUCAGCGAAGCCUAAGUCCGUACGAUGAAAAAUCUUUGAGCAUGUAUAAAACUGCGUUCUAACAUUUGCUGUGGCUUUCUGGAGACCUUGCGACCCAGCGCGCGCAAUUUCCUAUGGAAGAGUACUUCAGUGUUGUUUACUAUCCAGUCGUCGGUAUUAAACGAUGAAUCAUAUACGUUUACCUUUGAUGUGUGGUUCUAAGUAAAGAAUCAAGUGGCCACAAGCAAGGAACAUUUGUUUAUCUGAAUUCCGACCAAUCUGAAAGGAUUGCUUGGUUCAACUAACAAAAAAGCUAUCACCUGGAAAAAUAAACUGACAGUGUUACCGAUAAAAUGAGCUAACAUGAAAAUCAAGCAAAAUAAACUUAUUUCUUUAAAGUUGUACUCCACACAAAUUUGUGUCAGACGGCUCCAAAUAAACCCCACCCCCACCCUCAAAAAAAAAAUGUCCCAGAGUUUAGGGGGAAUGUUUACCAAUAAAGCGUCAAACCGCGUCAUGGGGUUGAAAUGUUUACAAAAAUUCGCGUUAAAACAACUGGAAUCUUCAGUAAAAACGACUCGAUCAGAAGAGAUAAUUGUGCGAUGCAUUCUUCUUUUUCUGUCAAACAUUUUUUCGUCAGAUCGAGAGGAACGCAAAAUCGCUGGAGUGAAAAUUUUGACAACUGGUGAUUUUUCCAAGGAAUUGAAGCGUAACACGAGAGGAGAAAGGGGCACUUGCUCUGUUGUUUAUUGAAGAUAAUGGUGCCAGUUUUUUGACACCUGUUUGGCUCCUGGGAAAGCAGCGAGACAACCAAUAGAGAAUAAAGAAUGGCGUUUCGUUUGACUGAGUCUCUGGUUUUGCAACUUGUAAAUAAUUCACUUUUGACAGGUUUCCAAGGGGUAGAAUUUUUAUCUACUUUGGUGUAAUCGAUAUCAGAAAUAACACAAUAUUUAACCGAAGUACCAACAUUACAACCAACAUUUAGACAGAGUUCUCGGAUUUUCUAUUACGAUUUUUUAUUUCAGUUAUUUCAGUCUAAAUGAUACCACUAUUUUCCGCGACUUUUACAAGUCCUCUAGCGCAUGCGCUCAAGCCAUAGCUGCGUUAAAUUCCUCAGUAAAUAACAAAAGAGGGAGGAACAAAGAGAACUAUAGAGCGUGCUAUAACACGUCCGAGUUUGUGUAUAAUUGAUGACUUCCAGGGUAUAAAUCAGAAAGGAGCUUUAUUCAAGCACAUUUCAAGAUCGCUUCGCUGGGAUCCAGAGGUAGGGAAUUGAGUUGGAUAAUCUCUUUUAUUUCCUAACUGACCUUGACUAAGAAUCUUCGCAUAGGUAAUAGGUGAACUUAAUGAUUAUAGGUGUCUCUUGCGGGAACAUAGGGUCUCUUGACGCCUAUCAUUUCAAAGUCAGGAAAAUUAUAAAAAAAUUUCAAGCAAAAACCGUACAAAGAGAAUAACUUGUGAUUCUUAAUUUUCUUCGAUGUAAAGUCACAAAAUAGGGGAAGUUAAUUUGGAAGCAAGUCUAAAAAUCAUUUAAAGGAUUUGUUCAAAAUUGUAGACAGUUUGAAUUUGAUAUAAAAUGGACAAGUUUUAUGACACAUGUCUGUCUUUAUUUUUUAGAUGGCGUCUAAAUUGAUCCUAGGAUGCUUAGCGCUCAUGGUAGCAUCAACUUAUGCUAGAUCAAGUAAGUUACAUUUUCAUGUUUAAUUUUUUUCCUCGUCAAGCACCUUCGCUGUAGUAAAAUUUAAUCUAGAUAUGAGCAAUGCAAUGGCACACCAUCAAAGAUUAUUUCAAAUGGUUAUAACCUUUAUGAGUUUGCUAUGCCUGCGGAAAAUUAUUACACCAAACAGAUUUCAUCUGUGAUUAAAAUGGAGCAGAUUUUGAAGAUAUUAAAAAAAGGCGAUGAGAGAUUCCUCUCAGAAGCCGCUUCUGUGAACCGACAAAAGGCCAGGUGAUGAAUAAUUGAUGAUCGGUGAAUUAUAAAGUAAAACUGCUCUCGAUCGAUCAACCUUAAGAUAUUUGUUUAAAGUUGAUUAUUGGAGCGCAAAGUUGUGAAUGUAUCGUAACCAGAUAAUACGAUUAAAUCAUCAAACAAAGUAUUUCAAUUAUAUUUGAAGCUGUGACAUUUAUCUCGUACUUACUCUCGAAAUACUUUGACUUCAAGCAGUCGUUUACGAAAACACUAAAACGAAGAUGCGUUGUGAACUUUUUAAGAAGUUGUAAUUUUUCGUUUACUUCUUGUGCGACCCUCAAAGUGAUUCAAUUUACGAAAAACUGAAAUUUGAUUGGUUGGUGAGUUUUUGUUAAAAGCGGGUUCCCGUCGAAACCUGCAAGUUAGUGAAGCGAGAAGUGAAAACAUUUUUUGGACAAUUUAUAAUUCAUUCAACUUCCAAAAUUAGGUUACCAUUCCAAAAUCAAACUUUUACAAACGAUAUCCGAGUCGUUUUGAGUUAAUCGAUAAAUGAUUACAAUUUGAACAGUGUCUUCAGGUGUUCCUUAUCAUAUAACUAGAAAUAAAUCAGACUGUUUGCAUCUUUAACUAGACAAAAACUGACUUUGUAAGGUAUAGGGUAUUUUUCAAUUCAUAUUUCACAAUAAGCGUGGUAAGUAAAAAUAUUGUGACCUUGAACUCGUAAAAUGUCAAUUUUUGGCAUUAACGAUGAUAAGUUAUUUAGGAGACCAUGAUGAAAAUCUUAUUAAAAUUUUUGACUCCAAAUAUUGGAAUUGACAGUAGUGUCUGAAACCAGUUAGUAGCGCAAUAUCUUGUGAAGUCUCGAAUUAACUUAAACGUCUUUUUUGUUUCUCGUUUUUCUCCCGCAGCAUACAAAAGAAACGCUAACCCGUGUCCCCCAGGAUGUCCCGGUAGCUGUGCGCCCGCUUGUGCGGUGUCCUGUUGUAUGCCUCCGCCACCAGCACCACCACCGCCACCACCCCCACCCCCACCACCACCAGAGCCAGCUAAGCCAGGACCCCCAGGACCUUCAGGAAGAAUGGGACCUCCCGGACCAGUUGGACCUAUCGGACCCAUGGGAGAGGCCGGACCUCCAGGACCACCCGGACCCCAGGGACCCCCAGGACCACCCGGAGAACCUGCUCCUCCACCACCACCACCCCCUCCGUGCCCUCCAGUGUGCGCCCAUACCUGUGUCUCAUCCUGCCCGACCUCGUGUUGCUCUGGCAGAAAGUAA